AUGGGAGAGGUUCAGCAGGCGCAGCUGGCUGCCAAUAUCUUGGUGGCCAAGCUGCAGAAGGGAGAGGAUGCGAUUGACGAAGCCCGAAACUUUGUCAAGUAUGGAAGCAGCAUUCCAGAUGGUUUGGUUAUCGCAUCCUUUGGAAUGAGGGCGCGUGGAAUCAAGUCCCAGCCAGACGUUCUCCAGCUACUCCUCGAACGUAAGGGGAGUGCAAAUGCCGUGGACCCCAUGACAGAAGGACCUGCCAUCCACAGUGCCUGCUGGCAUGGAUCCGUUGAUGUCGUGAAGGUUCUCUUAGAAUUCAAGGCGGAUCUGGAGGCCAAGGAGCCCAAGAUGGACACACCGCCGCUGAACACCGCCAUUGCUGCGGGAAAUGCCCCGGUGUGCCUGGAGCUGCUGAAGCGAAACGCCAACGUGCAGUGGAAACACCACGAUGGAGCAACUGCGCUGCAUGUUGCAACAGCAUGGAUCGCGAGCGCUCACAACUCAGAUCUGCGCAUGCCUCCAACUGGUGAGGAGCCAAGGCAGGUGAUUGCUUUGAUGCUCCACAAUGGCGUGGACCCAACGCAGACCGAGGGCAUGUCGAAGGGCACACAGCGCUCUGAAGGCAUGACGCCGCUAGAGGCCUUUCGAAGAGAAGUUGCGAGGUCUCCUUGGCGAACGAAUGAGCACUUCGGUCGAAAGUUCGAUGAAACAGCAAAGAGCAUCCAUCUCCUCCUGGAGCAGGCAGAAGAAGCCGUCAAACUGAAGCAGACUGGUAACCGGGCACUGAAAGAGAAGCGCUAUGAUGAUGCUCUCAAGGCCUGGAGAAAUGCCCGUGAGAUCUGGAAAAAGGCGGAUGUCAGUGGCCACCAUGUUGCUGUUUUGUGGAGCAACGAGGCCAUUUGUUUGCGUGGGAUGGAAGACAUGGAGGGAGCCGUCAAGGCUUCUUCAGAAGGUCUAAAGCUUUACACGACGCAGGAGAUCCGAAAAAAGCUUGAGUUCAACUUGGAGGAAGCCAAGAAGGGCCCAAAGGAGAAAUCACCAGAAGAAGAGAAGAAGCGAGAGGAGCUGGUGCAGCAGCACAAGGAGAAGAAGGUAGAGCAGAAGAAGCAAUGGAAGGAGAUGACCGAGAAAGCAGUUGUUUCAGAAGGAGGCAUCUACGGAGAAGAUGGAAGUGCUCAGAAAGAUUAU